AUGACGUUGGAAGAUGCACAAAAUGCAGCAAAAAAAGCAGUACAAUUUGAUGCCAAAAAUCAAUAUAAACAAGCUUUAUAUUAUUAUAAUAUGGCUGUAAAGUAUCUUUCAGAAUUACAAGAUUCUAUGUAUGUUCAGAAACUUUCUGAAUAUCGAGAAAGAAUAUCAACUAUAGAAAGCCUUAUUAAUGAAGAAGAACAGAAGCAUCAUAAAGCACAAUCUAUAGAUCAAUCAAAAUUACAAAAAUUUAAAUUUCUUAUGAAUCAAGCACAAGAUGCAGAUGAAGCUGGUUUAAAGAAUAUUGCUGUAAAAUUAUAUACAGAUGCUGCUGAACUUGGACUUAAUAUGAAAAUUAUUGAUGCAGAAGCAAAAAUUAAAUUAACAGAUCUUAUAAAACUUGCCCUUGAUAGGGCAGAAUCUUUAAAAGGUUUAAAAUCUAUAGACAAUAAUGAUAUUCUUAAAACUCUUUCUAAAUUACCUUCUGUACCAGAAACAAGUCUGGAUGAAGAUGAAGAAAAAAUACCACCUACAAUUAUAACAACAUCUGCUAUAAAUUCUAGUAAUACAGGGAAACAAAUUCGUCCAUCACUUCAUCGUGGAAGUAGUGUACAUUUAAAAGUAAGCGGUGGUAGUACUAAUUACACAGAAGAAGAAAAAAAAGUUUUGCUUCAUAGUUCCCAUAUUAAUGAUCAUGAAUUUGUACCUUUCAUGAGUAUUGAUCUUACAGAAAAGUUUCAGUAUGCCAUUCCAUUUACUGAUAAAGAUGGUUUGUUAGCAUUAGCACCAAAACAAAAACCUGAUUUUGCAAAAUGGUGUCGACCAGAAGAAUUAUUUUCUGAUCCAAAAAUGCUUAAAACAUCACAUGUUGAUUAUUACAGUAUAAGACAGACGGUUGUUUCUGAUUGUUCUUUUGUUGCUUCCCUUGCAGUUAGUGCUCAAUAUGAAAAAAGAUUUGGACGUAGACUUAUUACAUCUAUUAUUUAUCCAAAAAAUAAAAAUAAAGAACCAAUAUAUAAUCCAUUUGGAAAAUACAUGGUGAAACUACACAUUAAUGGUGUUCCUCGAAAAAUUAUAAUAGAUGACUUAUUGCCUGUAAGUCGAUACAACCAAUUACUUUGUUCCUACUCUAGCAAUCAUGGUGAGCUGUGGAUUUCGUUACUCGAGAAAGCAUAUAUGAAAGUAAUGGGUGGUUAUGAUUUUCCUGGCUCGAAUAGUAAUAUAGAUUUACAUACUUUAACUGGUUGGAUACCAGAAAGAUGGGCUAUAAGACCUAAUGAACCUGAUUUUAAUAAGGAUAAUCUAUUUAAUGUUUUAUUAACACGUUUACAUAAAGGAGAUGUAUUAGUUACAGUUGCUACUGGAGAAUUAUCUGAUUUGGAAGCAGAUAGAACGGGUCUUGUACCUACUCAUGCUUAUGCUGUUCUUGAUGUCAGAAAAAUAAAUGAAGAAAAAUUAUUGCAACUUAAAAAUCCUUGGUCCCAUUUACGAUGGAAAGGAAAUUAUUCUGAACUUGACACAAUACAUUGGACUAAUGAAUUAAAAGAAGCUUUAAACUAUGAUCCAGAUUCUGCAUCUCAGUUUGAUAAUGGAAUUUUUUGGAUUGAUUAUGAUAGUAUAUGUCGAUUCUUUGAUGUUUUCUAUUUGAACUGGAAUCCAGGUUUAUUUAAUUAUACUUAUUGCAUUCAUCAAAUGUGGAAUGCAGGAAUAGGACCAGUGAAAGAUGCAUAUAAUAUUGGAGAUAAUCCUCAAUUUUUACUGGAAAUAAAAAAUAAUGUUAAAGGAGCAAUAUGGAUUCUUCUUACAAGACACAUUACUGAUAUAGCAGAUUUUAGACAAAAUCAAGAAUAUAUAACAGUAUUAGUUUAUAAAAAUGAUGGAAAAAGAGUAUAUUAUCCUCAUGAUCCACCACCAUAUAUCGAUGGUGUAAGAAUAAACAGUCCACAUUAUCUUUGUAAGAUAAAGUUAGACACUCAAGUUGAUACUCGAUAUACUUUAGUCAUAUCACAAUAUGAAAAAACAAAUACAAUAUAUUAUACCUUACGUGCUUAUGGAUCUUGUGAAUUUUCAUUAAAAAAAAUACCAAAUUUUUAUAAAUAUGAAAAAGAGCUUACUGGCCAGUGGAAAGAUAUCACAGCUGGAGGAUGUAGCAAUCAUUCAACAUACCAAAAUAAUCCACGUUAUCAAUUAAUUUUGGAAAGUUCAAAUAAUAAUAACUAUUUGCUAAUUAUAUUAAAGGGACCUAAACAAUAUCAAAUAGGAUUUGAUAUUUUAACAGUUGUAUUAAAUGAUUCUGAUGUAACUACUGCAUUUAAAAUGAAAAGCUCUGGUCCAUUCAGAUCGGGAUUUGUAUAUCUUGAAUUAGAAGAAGUACCAGCAGGUACAUACCAUAUUAUUCCAUCAACAUAUGUCCCUGGACAAGAAGGACAUUUCUUUUUAAUAUGUAAAUCAUUUUGUAAAUUACAACUUCAAUCACUUCAAUGAAAAAAUUAGCGCAAAUACGAAUUUUAUUUAAAAAGAGAUUUUAAUAUAAUUAAUAUAUUUAAUCAUUAAUUUAUUUACAUUAGAAUGGAAAUAUUAGUGAAUUAUUUAUUUAAUAUUAUAUAAAAUUUUUCAAGAUCAAGUAAUAAAUCACGUUUUCUUG